UUUAAGUUUCUUCAGCUAAAUUUAGUCAAGUCAAAUCAAAUCAUAAUUGGGAAACAUGGUGGAAAGCAUAUACUAAUUAUACUAAUAGUGUCGGUAUUAAUUUCCAUUUCCCAAUUUUUAUUCAGUCAGAAAAAAUGGAUUUAAUUAUAGUUUUUGCAGAUUUUACGAGUUAAAAGAGCAAUGGGGAACCUCUGUAUCUUUACUUGCCAUGGAGGAAAAAAGAAGGUUUUGUGAGUGGAAAGGUCAAGGUGGGCUGGAAAAAGACAAGGGUAGGUCUGAGUGAAAGGAAAGAAGAACCAAUCUGAAUUCACUAAGAUUAUAAAGUUUUGGUGUUGGGUGUUGGUUAUGUUGUGAGGUAAGUGAUAUGUGAACAGUAAAGUUUGAAAAUUGAAGAGGCAGCAUGGAAGUAGAUGAACUGGACUACGUGUUGGUGCCUCUGGGUGUGUUGGUGUUGGGAAUCUAUCACGUUUGGCUUCUCUGCACUAUAAUUCGUUACCCAUCUCACACUGUCAUUGGCUUGAAUGCUCAGUCUCGUUACCAAUGGGUUCUUUCCAUCAUGGCAGAUCCUCUGAAAAAUGGGGUUUUGGGAGUUCAAACAAUCCGCAACAAUAUCAUGGCAUCUACCCUUCUGGCUACAACAGCAAUAACUCUUAGUUCACUUAUUGGCGUUUUUGCAAGCAAUGAAUCAGAUACCAAACUAGUUUAUGGCAACAAAACUUCCCUUAAUUCUUCAAUCAAACGCCUCUCCAUCUCACUAUGCUUCCUCGUUGCAUUUCUAUGUAAUGUGCAAUCUAUCAGAUACUAUGCACAAGUGAGCUUCUUGAUCACCACACAUGCACUGAAAGGUCAGAGGGAUUUUAUAGAAUAUGCUGCAAGAUCCUUAAACCGGGGGAGUUAUGCUUGGUCUCUGGGGCUGCGUGCCUUCUACUUUUCAUUUCCUCUUGUCCUUUGGAUUUAUGGGCCAAUACCCAUGUUUGCUUGUUCCUGCUUCACAUCAUUUAUUUUGUACUUCUUGGACACAACCACUAAAAUCACACGAGAUCUUCACACCAAGUCAUUCAAUAAGAGGGAAACUGGGGACACAGAAGCAUCCUAGUUUCAUAAUUCUAACUGUCCUUGAACUUGAUAAUCUUUUAGCUCGUGGUAAAGUUCAAUAUAGGCUUUCUAUAUUCAUGUAAUGAUACCAUUAUUGGUUAAUUAUAGUACAAAAAGCAAAUUCGUGAGAGUUAAACCCAGAACGGACAAUAUUUUACCAGUGUGGAGAUCUAUGUGUGUUAUCCCUUCUUACACAAUCUUCAUUGAAAAGUAUUUGUAGUAUAUUGAAUUAUUUUGAAGGGAAAAGUUGUUUUUUGUGU